AUUCAACAAAAAAUAAAAUAAAAGCAACAAAUAUAAAUCAAUCUAUAUCACUUGAAAAAAAAGAAAAAAGGGGGAGAGAAUAAAAGACAGUGUAUAAUAUGUUUAAUAAUAAUCGAAAUCAAUUACUAAGUCCACUGCAGUAUGAAUCCUCGUCGCUUACUACUACUACUACUACUACUACAAAUGGUAGUAAUAUGUCAAAUUCAACUUGUAACAAACUAAAUUAUACUGGAAACAUGAGUCAUCAUCAGCAAUUACUACAGAUGGAUAUGAAUAGUCAUAACAAUAGCGCAUUUUUCCCUUCUGUCUUUGGAGCAACUCAUUCAAAUACAGUGAACAACUAUAAAGAUAUAUACACCAUGUAUCCAUUUUAUUAUUAUCCACGUCAUUUUAAUCAAAAUGACUUUGGAAGACGCAAUAGAAAUUUAACUUAUACACCUUCUUCUGCAACUACAUUAUAUACUAGUUCACCUAUUCAUGUGCCAAAAUUUACUUUAAUGAAUUUUGAAGGAAAUAAUACUAAUAACAGUAAUAAUAAUAAUUAUCAACUUCAACAAAAUGAAUCAUUAUUCAUGAAAGAGUCAAAUACUGUUACUAAACAUUCAAGGGAGUAUUAUCCAGAAAAGGAGGAACUGGAGGAACUGGAGGAAGCUUGUGUGUGUGUUUUAUCUCAAAACUUUCAAAAGAAUCUUCGAAUUCAAGUCAUUUUAGAAGCUGAAACUGCUGUCACAAAAAAAGAUGAAGAAAGUAUUACUUACUUAAAUCGUGGACAAGUAUAUAGUAUCCAACUUAAGGAUAAUCUAUCAAAAAAUCAAGUUAUCACUAGUACAAUAUCAAUUAGCUUUCAUCUCUCUAAACAUCGUGCUAUUACAGAUACAUUUUGGAAAUAUUGGCUUUCACAACAAAGUGAGCCAAAUCCUCGGUUAAUUGAAAUUGAUAAUACUAACUCAAUAGGGGUAACAAACGUAAAUCUAUCAAAUUUCGAUAAAAUUAUAUUCAAUUGGAAUGGUGAAGUUGGUGCUAAAAUAAUGAUUCGUUUCAAAUUCUUGAGCACUGAUUUUACAAAGACAAAAGGCGUAAAAGGAAUUCCAUUAAGGGUACUUAUGAAAAGUCAAUUCCAGGAGAUAAAUACAGAAAUGAUAAACAAUCAUGAAACUAGUUUCUGUACUAUUAAAUUAUUUAGAGACAAAGGUGCAGAGAGGAAGACAAAAGAUGAUUCUAAACAUCGUACUAAACUACUUGAAAAAAUAUAUGGUAAGACAAAUGGACUGUAUGAUAUUACAAAUAGCUGGUUAUUUAAAGAUGUGUUAUUUUUUUUUUAUGUAUAG